AUGAUAGUUCAUAUAUCAAACCCGCACGAGGGCAAGAGGCUCGAGGACAUCGCGGAGGAGAUGAUUGGCAAGAAGGCAUAUAUCCAAUGGCCUUUUCUCCAGGAGGGAUUGGUGGUUGCCAUCUCGGACCCGUUAUUCAAGUACGAGAAGGCUGCGAUCAUCGCUGGAACGCCGACGAAAGUCAUCAAGAAUCCACACUCGCACCAGGCCCUUGGUUUCUGGAAGAUGAAGUCGGAUUCCAUCGAGAACCAUUAUUCAAAGCGUUGUGGAGUCAUCACAGGGGAAAUCGAGGUCUUAGUACAUGUCAGGCCGUUGCGAGGUCUCAAACGUAUGGAAGAUGGCGCAUUCGUUAAGGACUAUGAGGGUCAAGACAAGGAAAAGGAGCAAGCGCUGCAGAUGGCCCUAUCCGAGAUCAGCUCCGAAGAUCCCCGCUUCCUAGAGAGGGCGGCACCGCCGCUUUCCGAGGAGUUCCCAGAAGGGAGCAAGGUUUUUUUCCUAGGAGAACAUGCUUAUGGUGUAGCUGCUCAAGUCUCUUCCACGUCUGAGAAGACCCUUUCAGUCAUUCUAGCUUUCUUCCCAUCGGACAAAUCCGAGAACGAGAAGUUCAAGGAAGUAGUGAAAAACAGGGUCUCCAAUCGGUUCAUCCCUUCAUUUCGCGUUGGCGACAUGGUCGGGCUUUCAGGACGUGCCCUCUCCAAGAUCACCUCAAGCUUCAUGGUUCUCACAUCCGACAACCAGAAGGUCAACCUUGGUCUCAGCCUUAAGUUCGAGGCCAAGGCAUUGAAAGUCAUCGGGUAUUCGCGGAAGGAGAACCGGUACUGGGAGUUCACUGAGCAGGCAAUCGACCUUAUCAAGGAGUACAAAGCCGCAUUCCCAGAAGUAUUCCGACAAUUGGAUCAUGGCGGAAAUGAUAUGGCGCGUGCCACGGACGUGUUCCCCGGAUCGAACGCAGAAGCCGAUGCGAAGGUUAAAGAGGUGAAAGCAUGGCUCUCGAAGAGAGGUGUUCGAGAUUUCGAACCAGUCUCUCUCUUUUGCGAUCAGCUCGACAAGGCGGCUGUCGCCGAAAUACAGAAGCUUGCCGACUCCUUCACCGAGAACAGGACCCCAGCUACCAUCAAGAAGGCGAUUGUGAAGGGUAUCCCGCGUCAGGCGGUCAUCAAGCCAUCACACGCAGUCUACCGUCUCCAAAAUCAACGUUUCGGUCUUGGAGACCGCGUGACGAUGGUGAGAGAUUCAGGUGGAGUGCCGUUGUCGGUCAAAGGCGUCGUGAUUGGCCUCAACCCCAAGAGCAUGGACGUUGUUUGGGAUGUGCCUUUCAUGGCAGGGACAACUCUAGGUGAUCGUUGCGCACCCUACCGUGGAGCAACCGUCGAGUUCAACUCGUGCCUCAACUUGACGGAGCCGCAGUAUAUCGCGUCCACCAACCCGCAAGUGCCGACGGCGCCCAACACGAACUCCGCAUUCAAGCCGCGCUUUGGUCCCCAUCCUACCAUACAACCUGCGAACGGGCAACAAGCAGCGUCAGGUUUCCGAGCCGCACCAACCGUCGUACGCCAUCAAGGCGCACCAGUGCACAUUAUGUCCAACCCUAACCGCGGACGGGGUGGUUGGACUAACGGUAGAGGCGCGGCGCCUGCCCGGGCACCCGCCAACGCGACCAACGGUGCACGGCCAUCUCCCCCUCACCCUUCCGGGCGGGGCGGCCCUGCAGCGCAACAGCAGGUCAACGGAAGGGGUAGCUUCCCUCCCCGCGGUGGGUUCAACCCCAACUUCCGCGGUAGAGGAGGAUUCAAUCCUAACUUCGAACGCGGCCGCGGGGGCGGACCCCCUCGCGGUGCGUUCAGGGGUCGUGGGCGCGGUGUCCCGUCCCAUGUUUAA